GGCUGCAGUAAGUUCAAGUAACUAAUUUAAUAAUAAAAAUAAAUGGUAACACGAAAAAGUAAUAUUGAAUUUCAAAAUGAAGAACUGCGACGGAGGAUCUGAAAAACGAUAUGGCUUCGGCGUCCGCCACAUCCAGAUGGCGUGCAUGUGUUUGACGAUGGUGGCUCUGUUCAUCGCUCGCAGCAGCUUGGGGGUCGCCAUACUCGCCAUGACUGACAUGCGACGUCGCAACGAUACCAAUGUAAUAGUCUACGAAUGGGACAAAAAGACUCAGGGUAUGAUUCUAUCAUCGUUCUUCUGGGGCUACUUGAUAAUGCAGAUACCAGCUGGCUUGCUCGCGAAGAGGUACGGAGGGAAGCCCAUCGUCCUUUUCUCUCUCCUGGCGAACGCGAUCAUCUGUGCUCUUCUGCCCACGCUUGUGCAAUUUGGUGGCUGGCAAGUGGUGUGCGCCUGCCGCGUCAUCAUGGGCCUGACGCAGGCGUGCCUGUUCCCAGGCUUCCACACCCUGCUGGGUCAGUGGUUGCCGGCGCACGAGAUCACCUCUUACUCCGGUAUCGUUUAUGGAGGAUCACAAAUAGGCACGAUCAUCGCCAUGCCGGUGUCGGGUCUUCUAGCUGAGACAGCUAUGGGCUGGAAGCUAAUAUUCUACGUGGUGUCGGGCAUCAUGUUUUUACAGUCCAUUAUAUGGAUCUUCUUUGCUGCCAGCUCUCCGAGAGAUCAUCGGUUGAUGACGGAGGGGGAAAAGGAGUAUAUAGAGAGGGGGUUGAAUGCUGGUGGAUCUAAGAGCCAUCGAACUCCAUGGAGGUACAUCCUACGCACGAAGGCCUUAUGGGGUAUAAUGUUCACCCACAUCGGCUGCGCCAUCAGCUACGUGCUAUUCUUCGUUGACAUGCCCACCUAUUUAGAAAGGGGGUUACAGAUCUCUCUAAAAGACAGUGCAUCUCUGUCGGCGUUACCUUACAUAGGGAUGUUUAUCGGUAACAUCGCUUCCACGUCUGUUUCCCAGAAGAUAUACAAUAAGGGCUACUUGUCACUUCUGACCUGCAGGAAACUGUUCAAUUCCCUUGGGUUUUUCGGCACUGCGUUCAGUCUGAUCGCCCUUUCAUUCAUCGGGCCGGAACACAAGAGUCUGGCCAUUGUCACCCUUAUCAUAGCUCUCACUUUGAAUGGCUUUUUUGGUGCUGGAUUUAUGAUGUCAUAUUUGGACCUAUCGCCAAACUACGCAGGCGUGAUGCUCUCUAUAACCAACUUUGCGGCAAACUUUGGCAGCGUCCUCACUCCCAUCACAACUAGUUUGAUCCUAAAAAACGAUCCAACCGACAUAAGUCGCUGGCGCAUCGUAUUUUUGACCUGCGCAGCGAUCUGCAUCGCUGCCAACACCAGCUUCAUGUUCUUCGCCAGCGUGAAGAGGCAAGAGUGGGAUGACCCAGACUUCUUGGAUAAGAUCAAGGCUGACCCAGAGGAAGUGAAACCUGCUUUAACGAAAACCAAAGAAGAAGCGAACUCAAAGUAAGAGGAAAACGAUUUAAGACCUUGGAUUAAAUAUUUAAGACGGUCGACAUUAUAAUUUAUUUUAGGAUACUCAA